AUGUCGUCCGAUAAUAAUAACGAUGACGGCAGGAGUCCGUCCCUAUGGGUCUGGUUGGCCGCCAUAGCGGCCCUCAUGUCCGCCAUGUCUAUGGGCACCACAUUAGGAUGGAGCGCACCGGGAGUUCCCGACUUAAAAAACGACACGAGUAUGCCUCACAUGGACGGCGAGACCGAGACGUGGAUCGGAUCGUCCAUGAAUUUGGGAGCACUGGCUGGUGGACUGUUAGGCGGCCCAUUGCUACAGAUGUUGGGCAUGAAAAAGAUCUUGAUCGGUUUGGGCGCACCAUUUAUCGUGGGUUGGGUGCUCAUCAUUGUGGCAAAGGGUUUCGCACUCAUAAUAGUUGGCAGAGUUUUAACAGGUUUUGCGGCCGGAAUUUCAUGCGGUGUGGCGCCGACAUACUGUAACCACAUAUCAACACCUAAAAUACGAGGAAUGUUGGGCACCGGCUUUCAACUUUUCGUGAAUAUCGGCAUAUUAUAUAUGGAUCUGUUCGGACUGUCCCUGAGCUGGAAAAUCAUAUGCAUCUGCGGACUCAUACCAUCGGCGAUCAUGUCUGUGGGCAUGUUAUUCAUGCCGGAGUCGCCCCUAUGGCUGAUGAGUAAACACGGCCGCAGUUCCCAAGUGGUGGACGCCCUCCGGAAACUCCGGUCCGACUCGAGUGACAUCGAGACGGAGCUCAAGGAAAUGGAGGACAACGCCGACAAGUCUAAGGAGAACUCGGGCUUCUCUAUGGGACAGUUAGCCCGGCCCGACAUCUAUAAGCCAUUCAUCAUCGCAAACGCGUUGAUGUUUUUCCAGCAAUUUUCGGGCAUAAAUGCCGUCCUAUUUAACUUGAAACAAAUAUUCCUCGAUUCGGGCUCAUCCAUGGACCCGAUGGUGAGCACCUGUAUCGUAUCGGCGGCAAUGGUGUUCUCCUGUCUCGGCGGCAGUCUUAUCAUCGACCGGUUGGGUCGCAAAAUACUACUCUUAGCGUCGGGUGUGGGCCAUGUGGUCACUCUGGGAGUCCUCGGCUACUACUACUACAGCAAACCGGACUUAGGAUGGCUGCCACUCGUGUGUCUCGUGGUGUUUGUCAUCGCAUUCAACCUCGGCUUCGGACCCAUACCGUGGAUGAUAGUGUCGGAGAUCACCCCGAGUAAUGCCAUCGGUGCCAUCAGCGCCGUCGGCACCGGAUUUAACUGGAUGUUGGCGUUCGUCAUAACCAAGGAGUUCGCGGCCGUCCAGGAGGCCAUUCACCCGUACGGCGCCUUCUGGUUGUUCGCCGGGUGUUCGGCCGCCUCUGUCCUCUUCACUCUGCUCUUCGUUCCCGAAACCAAAGGCCGAUCGCUGGAGGAGAUGAGCCGUAUAUUUAGGGGACAGUCGGCUGAUGGCGAUGAUGAUUGGGAGGGCAUCGACACCUCCAGGGGAACGCAUAAAGAUCCGUAUAUUAACAAUAAAGAUGUGACG